AUGCAGCCUGUCAAAACAAGUGAAACACGCCCACUUCUCAUGAGAAUAGCGUUCUCUCAACUCGAGAAUCGCCCCCCAGGACGUCUUAAACAUAGCCGACAUUCGGCCAGGCGGAUAUGCCCGACAGUUGGCCAGGCGGACAUGCCGGUUCUACACGCUGGAAGAAAUAUGUGUGUCGGGCCGCACGCGGCCGAUUCGGCAAAACGUAUUCGGGCCGUAUGCGGGACAGCCAGCUUGUGCUUACUGGGCAGCUUACAUGAUUUAACAGCAAUUAUUAGUAUUGCACCUUGCAGUGAAACUUGGAGAUUAUUUAAAUCGGCAGCAGAAGAAAAUUUACUCCACAUCGCCAUUUCAGAGGCGGAUUGUCCAAGAUUACCGGCAGUUGAAGCGAUAACAAUUCCAAUAAUAAAAACUGGUGAAGAAAUGCCGCAAAUACUUUUAGAUUUAAGAACAUCUAAAAUUUACAAAUGGAAAUCGUCUAUAAUUAUUUAUGAUGAUUCCAUAAGCAGAGAUAUGACAACCCGAAUAAUAGGCUGCAUAUCACACACGACACAUAUAGAAACCCAAGCAGCAAGCGUAUCUCUUAUGAAACUCAAAUCAAACUCGAGCUUUAACGAGAUGCGGGACAAUCUAAAGGAAAUACUGCACUCGAUUCGUACAAACACCAUGGGACGAAACUUUAUGAUUAUUGUUAAAUACGAAUUCGUAGAAACUGUAAUGGAAUAUGCUAAAUUGUUUAAGUUAGUCCACACCAAGAGUCAGUGGCUGUAUGUUAUUACCGACACCAAUUUUAAAACGCAUAAUAUUAUGAGGUUUAAAAGGUUGCUUAAAGAAGGCGAUAACGUUGCUUUUGUGUAUAAUUACACUACAAUUCAUAAUAAGUGCACCAGUGGAAUAGUUUGCCAUUCGCAAGAAAUUGUUACUUCCUUUAGUAAGGCGCUAGAUGAAGCUAUAGUGGAUGAGUUUGAAGUAGCAAGCCAGGUUUCAGAUGAAGAAUGGAACGCAAUUCGCCCUAGCAAAGCUGAAAGAAGGAAUUGGUUAUUAAAUAAAAUGAAGACUGAUCUUUUGCAAAACGGGAUUUGUGGAAACUGUACUAAAUGGAAAUUUCAAACCGGAGAAACCUGGGGCAAAGAAUAUUCUCAAAAUAAUACGUCUGAAUCAACAGCUGAUAUUUUAUCAGUGGGUACUUGGAGACCUAGUGAUGGACCCACAAUAACAGAUGAAUUAUUUCCUCACAUAACUCAGGGUUUUAGAGGCAAAACACUUCCCGUACUAACAUUCCAUAACCCCCCUUGGCAAAUAAUAAGAACCAACGAAUCCGGACACAUCGUGGAAUAUAAAGGCUUGGUGUUUGACAUAAUCAAAGAAUUGGCGAACAACUUAAACUUCACUUACACAGUAGAAAUAGCAAAGUCGACUUUUAAAAAAGAAACCUUCACAAACGUGACCGAUUAUGCUAUUUCAGAAACUUUAACCAACGAAAUACCGUCAGUUUUUUACAGUUUAAUUCAAAAUAAAACGAUUGCUUUGGGGGCCUGUGCGUUUACUAUAACUGAAGAGAGUAAGAAUUUUAUUAAUUUUACUAUUCCUAUUACUACGCAGACCUAUACGUUUUUGGUGGCGCGACCCAGGGAAUUAAGCAGGGCUUUGCUGUUUAUUUCGCCUUUUACUGGGGAUACUUGGUUAUGUUUAUCGGCAGCUAUAGUCUUUGUGGGUCCAAUUUUAUAUUAUAUUCAUCGAUGUAGUCCAGUUUAUGAAUAUAAAGGUUUGCCGAAAAGAGGUGGUCUGUCUUCAAUUGAAAAUUGCAUUUGGUAUAUGUAUGGGGCUCUAUUGCAACAAGGUGGUAUGCACUUACCUUCCGCUGACAGUGCCAGAAUUCUGGUUGGAUCGUGGUGGCUGGUUGUUUUGGUCGUGGCUACCACAUACUGCGGUAAUUUGGUGGCUUUUCUUACUUUUCCCAAAAUAGAUAUACCAAUAACUACAACCACCGAGCUCUUGGCUCAUAGGGAAACAGUUACUUGGAGUUUACCUCCGGGCAGCUUUUUGGAAAAAGAGAUAAAGCAAUCUGGUUCAAAGUUUAAGCAAAUUUAUGAUGGGCGUUUGAAAGUCAAGAAAACUCCAGAAUUGUUAAAAUUGAUUGAAAAUGGCAAACACGUGUUUCUGGACUGGAAAAUUCGACUUCAAUACAUCAUGAAACAACAACAUUUGGAAACUGAUAGAUGCGAUUUAGCAUUAGGUCUUGAAGAGUUUAUAGACGAACAAAUUGCUUUAAUUGUAGCUCAGGAUAGUCCUUAUUUAAACAUUAUAAACGACGAAAUCAAAAAGCUUCAUCAAGUCGGACUAAUUGAUAAAUGGCUAAAAGAUUAUCUUCCAAAAAAAGACAAAUGCUGGAAAAACCGUCAUAUUAUAGAAGUCAACAAUCAUACAGUGAACAUGGACGACAUGCAGGGCAGCUUUUUUGUUUUAUUUUUUGGUUUCCUCGUGGGAUUUUUCAUUAUACUGAUGGAAAAACUUUGGUAUCAUUACAUGGUGGAAAGAAAGAAAAAAAUAAUUCAACCCUUUAUCUCAUAAGUAACUAAUUUA